AUGGAACAUCAGAGGAAUGGUACUUCUCAGUCUCACAAUUCAGACAAUUCUCAUCAUCUUUGCUCCGUUGAGGAAACACCCAACAGACUGCUGGUUUUAGUCUUGUGGUUAUCUUAUCUUUUAGCAGAUUGGUCCGCAAACUUUGCAAUCGGUCUCAUUGCCAAGAACCAAGGGAAAGAAAUAAAACCCGAUGAUCCUCCCCAGGAUCAGAAGCUCAUGGCGUUGUGGGCGCCGUUCUUGCUCUUGCAUCUUGGUGGACCAGACAUCAUCACUGCAUAUUCUCUCGAGGACAAUGCUCUUUGGCACAGACACUUCCUCGGCCUUGCUUUACAGGCUAUUUCAGGUGCCUAUGUGGUUAUCCAAUCUCUACCAAAUACACUUUGGGUGAUCAUACUGCUUUUGUUCAUUGCUGGGACCUUUAAGUAUCUCGAGAGGACAAUUGCAUUGUACCUCGCGAGCUCAGACAAGUUCAGAGGCUCAAUUCUCAAGGUGUCUAAAUCUGAUUCCAAUGAGACCAACCGUUCGGAGAAGGACUCGUUCCCUCCCUCUGAUAUGUCCUGGCAACGGAAUGCUAGACAACAAAGACCAUUAAAGCUUGAAAAGCCUGAAGGAGAUUUGACACAUCUCGAGAUUGUUCAGUUUGCUUUCUGGUCCUUGAACAACUUCAAGAAUCUUAUGGUCAAUAACAUCUUUAGCUCCGAGCAACGCGAUGAGAGCAGGGAAUUCUUCAAUAAAUUAAAACCCGAAGAAGCUCUGAGGAUCUUAGAAGUCGAGCUCAGCUUUAUCUAUGAAGGUAUGUACACAAAAAUCUCGGUUCUUCAUACUUGGGUAGGAGGUGUGACUCGGACCAUAGCGUUUGGGUCUCUUCUGUCAGCAUUCUGCAUCUUUCAUUAUAGACCCAAGAAGAAUCAUGAGUUUCAUGGAGCCGAUACCGUGAUCACCUACACACUGUUCUUAGUUGGAAUAGCUUUGGAUCUUGCAUCUCUCCUCAUGGUCAUGCCCUCUGACUGGACAAUCGCAGUCUUCAGUAGGCUAAACGAAGACGAGGCAGACAGCGGCUCAAUGAUAGACCCCCAACUCAACUGGUUCCUUGGUUUUAAGAGGCUGCAAUGGAAGAAGCAACAGACAAUUUAA